AUGUCAUUGGGCAUAUCGCGCCUCUCUAGCCUUCUACUGAUCGCAGCCUACGCAUCCGCGUACACCUGGCCAAACCCUCAGCUAGACGAGCUUGAGAGCCUCCUUUUUGACCAACAGGGCUACAACGAGCGCGGUAUCCUCGUGGGUGCCCUUAACCCUUGCGACAGGUUCAAUUUCGGCGACACGGUCAACCGAUCAAAUGUAGCUGAUUGGAUCCGUACAGCUUACCAUGACAUGGCCACCCAUAAUGCAGAAGAUGGCACUGGCGGUCUAGAUGCUUCUAUUCAAUUUGAGCAGGAUAGACCUGAGAACGCUGGCAACGGAUUCUUCAACGCUCUGAGACAUCUGCAACUCGGAAUCAGCCGUUACGUUGGAGUUGCUGACUUCAUCGCACUUGGUGCAAAAACUGCUUUCGAGCAAUGUGACGGUCCUACCAUACCAUUCCGUGGUGGACGCGUUGAUGCGACAGAGGCAGGUCCUCCUGGAGUCCCUCAACCCCAGGAGUCCCUUGAUAGCCACAUUUCCUCCUUCGCUCGCCAAGGUUUCAACCAGACAGAGAUGAUCACGCUCGUAGCAUGUGGCCAUUCUUUCGGCGGUGUGCAACACAGCGCGUUCCCCGAUACUGUGCCUCUGCCCGCCGGUGUCGAUGAUGUUUCACAGACUUUCGACAGCACACCCUUCAACUUUGAUAACAAUGUCGCGCUUGAGUAUGUCCACGGAACGACGAACAAUCCUUUGGUCGUGGGUCACAAUGACACCACGAACUCGGACAAGCGCAUCUUUGGCAGCGACGGAAAUGCUACUAUCAGUGGAUUUGCCGCAGACUCUGAUUCGUUCAGAACUGCAUGCCAGUCGCUAUUCGCUCGCAUGCUCGAUACGGUGCCCAGUACUGUUCAGCUUACCGAGGUUAUCGAACCGUUACCAGUCAAGCCGCAGGACAUCGCCCUGCUGUAUAUGGGUGACGGCACCCUCCGUCUCUCUGGCCAAGUACGCUUCUGGAAUGUUGCUGAGAGCGAUGCCCCCUCCGUGAAGCUUAUCUGGGCAGAUCGCGAGGGCAAGACAGACUCCUCGUACACUGGCGUCCUCGGCCACAAUGACCAGAUGGUCGCCAGCGCACUGUACAACGGCAACGUAAGCGCUCUUUGGUACAAUAUCGGCCCCUUGUCGACCAACUUCACUGUCGUGAACGAGACUGUGGGCAUCUCAAAGUUUUGGUUCGAGGUUUCCGGAGGCGACAGUUCUAUCAAGACGGAACAUCAGAACGGCGUGGGCUUCCCAAUUCAGGACACGGUGAUGCUUGCAAACUCUUCGUGCACCGCGCCUGCUCCAGAUGGGUUGAGUUCCAUCGCCCACAUCCAGAUUGCCGUCCGCGCUGACGCGCAUCCAUCCCGUGUGUGGUUGGAAUAUGACCUCUUUAACGGGGAUGCCGGCUCUGGCGCGACGUGGAUCACCGUCAACACGACCGACGCCCAGCUCGCGACGAAUCAGACCCAGGCUGAUUCGAUAUAUGAGCUGUGGUCGGUCGAUCUACCCUCCAGUGCGCUCGCUUCUUCGAAUACGCGGAAGGUCAACAUCGCUGCGGAGAUUGGCAGCCUGAAGAUUACGACGACUAGCUUUUCGACGUCCACCCUCGCGCACUGCUGA